AUGGGUCGACAACGUCAGCCUGGACAUCGGCAACGCGGUGCUGGCACCGUCAGCGUAUCAAAAGGAGACACGCUAUGUCAAGGUGUUGUAUGUAAAGAAUGGCAGCGUACACCUAUGCAGCUAUUACAUGAGUUUUGUCAGGCCAAGAAGCGGCGUAAUGCGUUUUAUACACGUGCCAAGACACAAGAUAUGACCAUGUUUCGCAUGUGUUGCGUUCUACCGGACGUUAAAGAUACUGAAAAGGAUAUGAGAUUCUGUCCGGAACAAGAGUUCAAGACACUAGAUGAAGCUAAACAUUGUGCUGCUUUACUUGCGUUAAAACACAUGGAGCCUUUACGUCCCUUGGAGCGAACGUUACCAGAUCCCUAUCGGACUUUAUGGUUGGCGCUUAGUGUACAAGACGAUACAAAAAGUAAAUCUAACAUUGGACCUAAAAUAAAGAGAAAGAAGAGAUUAAAUUUGACCCAAAUGGAGGAGAAUCAUGGAAACAUAAAGGACGACGUGGGAUUCAAUCUAUGGGUUCAUGAUGAUACCAAGCAGGUUGAUAAAGAGAAAGAAACAACAACAAACAUGCCCGUGAUGUUAACAAUGGAGCGGAAGUUUGCAUCUUAUAAAGAAUUAGAAGCGGCAAAGAUGGCGCGAACACAAGAGAGGAAUAAAAAAGUACGAGCACGAGAGAACCGAGAAAAAGCCAAUUUACCGGUACAGGUUAUGAUGAGUGCACCAUGUAGAGAAUUGGUUGAAGGAAUUUUGAAACAAGUGGGAACAGGGCAGAAGGCUUUUAUGACGGAAAUACAGAUGGACGAGGAUUUAAGUGUCGAGCAGAGACAAUUAGAAGUAAUAGAGUUUGAGAAGAAUCUUCGACAAAGACUGACAGCAAUCGGGUUUACACCGAUUCAGAUUCAGCAAGCUUUGCAAAAUUAUUCACAUGAUCAUCUUGUGGACGACAAGACAGAUGAUGCUCGUAUGUCAGCUAUCUUGGAUUGGCUGUGUCUGAAUAUCCCUGAAGGAGAACUGCCGAAGAAGUUCAACCCGGUAGGAACACAGCUUGAUGUAGUAUUGAGCACUUCGUCGUCAGGGUUAGCGGAGCCAGUUCGUACAGUUGUACUUGUUCAACGACUCAUGAAUUUUGGGUAUGACCAUCAUGAUGCUGUUAUUGUCGUAAACGAGUUUUUGCAAGAGAAUCCUGGUAUUAGCGAAGAGGAAAUGAAAGCGCCAUCAGUAGUGACACUCUUUGCCCUCGUGGAGAAGCUAUUCCCACAUGUAAAACAUCACUAUAAUUUGGAAGAGUUUGAAAGAGCAGUCGAGGUCGUUGAAGACGACGAGGAGCUGCUGAACCAGCGUCGAAAUGAGAUAUUUGCUUUAGAUGCUAUAUUCGAUCAGAAGCUAACGGUCGUAACAUUGGAGAAUGGAUUUAACGCCCAACUUCUGAUGUUUGAGGUUACCGAUACUCUCGAAUUACACAUCUUCCUGCCAAGCACAUCCAAGUAUCCAUUUGAGCUACCGCUUCUUGCCUUGACAUCAACCGAGACAAAAUAUCAGCCGCAUUUACUUGCUGCAUGUGGAGAAGCACUAAGGAGCUGCGUACACUCUAUGGGCGAACCAAUGUUGUACGAUAUAUACGUUGCAAUUGAUACGUAUUUUCAGGAUACGAAACGUCUGUCGACUAGGCCGACUAGAGUUCAGCUUUUUGAAAAAAUGAUUGCGGUGAACGGGAGUGAACGAGCAACUAUCAGCAAAACGGAGGCAAAAGUCGAUGGAAAUCUUAUGUCGCAGAAAAAGCAAAAUAGGCGGGAAGGCAAUCACAGCCAGAACUCUAGUCACUAUGCGCCAAAAUGUGUUGAUGUCGAAGCUACGCGUCGAAUAAGCGAAAACCUGUUGAAGCUUAGGAAAAUGAAAGCUGGUCAGUUGGAUUUUCAGCAGAUGCUUGCUGCUCGCGCAAAACUUCCUGCAGGCAAGGAAGAAGCUCAAGUGCUUAAGUAUGUGCAGAACAAUCAAGUGGUGCUCAUUUGUGGUGCUACGGGUUGUGGUAAGACUACUCAAAUUCCACAAUUUAUUCUAGACGAUUAUAUUACCCGCGGCGCUGGCGGCGAAUGUAACAUCGUCUGUACUCAGCCACGUCGGAUAGCCGCUAUUGGUGUGGCUACUCGCGUUGCGCAGGAGCGGUGCGAAGAGAUUGCCGACAUUGUUGGUUACCAGAUUCGUAUGGACGCAAAGAAAUCGUCAAACACGCGAUUGUUAUUCUGCACGACUGGUGUCCUGCUUCGACGUCUGUUGAACGAUCGGCAACUUUCUAGUGUUUCACAUGUAAUUGUUGAUGAGGUUCACGAGCGUAAUGUGGAUACCGAUUUUCUGCUGUCGAUCCUCCGGGAUUUGUUACCUCAGCGUCCAGACCUCCGAAUUAUCUUAAUGAGCGCUACCAUGAACUCUGAGCUUUUUGUGAACUACUUCUCGUCAAAUACUCGCGCGACGUGCCCUGUUUUGGAUAUUCCUGGCUUUACUUACCCAGUGGAGUGCAAUUUCCUGGAGGAUAUUCUUGACCAAACCCACUACAACGUGCCAAGGUAUUUGCUGAAGAACAAGAGAAUGAAAAAGGAUGGCGCUGAAGGUGAAGAUGCAGAAGAAAAGCCAGUAUUAGAACUGACGCCGGAGGAGAUUGCAGCGCGUGUUGACGAUUCUAAGGUUGACUACGAUCUCAUUGUACGCUUGGUUCGUUUCCUUGUUUCGGAAAAGGCUCAAAACACCGGAAGUGCCAGUGGGGCCAUCCUCGUUUUCUUACCCGGAACGGCCGAAAUCAAGCACUUGGUCGAAAUUCUGAAUUACGGAAAUGGCGGGCUAUCGUCUAAAUUGUGGGUGCUGCCCCUUCAUGGCUCUCUCUCUGAAGCUGACCAAGCGACGGUGUUUAAGUCUGCUACGGCAGGUAAGAUGAAGGUCAUUGUAAGUACCAACAUUGCGGAAACGUCCAUCACUAUCAAUGAUAUUACUGCCGUGAUCGAUUCCGGAAAAGUGAAGGAGAUGGUAUAUGAUAACCGUGCGCGUCGGUCCCAGUUGCUGGACUGUUGGGCGUCUCGAGCAGCGUGCGACCAGCGUAAGGGUCGUGCAGGACGUGUACAGGCCGGCACGUGCUACCGAUUGUUCUCGCGCAAGCGGUUCGCGAUGAUGGACGCGCAGCUGUCUGCUGAGAUCCAUCGUGUGUCACUUGAACAGCUUUGCUUGCAAAUAAAGAAGCUGGAAUUUGGUUCAAUCAAAGGUUUUCUCUCCAAAGCUAUUGAGCCGCCUGGUGAGGAUGCUAUCGAUGCAGCUAUCCAAGAACUGGUAGAUAUUGCGGCAUUCCGCGUAGUUAGCAAUUCUUCCGACAAAAAGCUUUGCGACGGCGUUGAGAAUGUUUCCGACGAAGAGGUGGUUUUGACACCACUCGGCAAUCACCUAGCAAUGCUGCCACUCGAUGCUCGGAUCGGGAAGUUUCUGGUGUACGGAUCGAUUCUGCGUUGCGUAGAGCCAGUCGCUAUCAUUGCGGCCUGCAUUUCAAGUCGCAACCCAUUCUUGGCGAGCAUGUUGGACCCUGAGAUGCGUGCAAAGCAGGAUGUACUGAAAAAGGAGCUGGAUGGUAGCUGGAAGAGCGACCAUUUGCUACUUUGGAAACUGGUCGAGCGCUAUGUACCUUUGCGAGGCCAAAAGAUGAAGCGUGACUUUUGUCGCAACGUGGGGCUCUCAUAUGACACUAUGGAGUCUAUCUUGGACCUGAAACAGCAGUACUUACAGCAAUUGGAUAACAUUGGGUUUUACGACAUGCGCAACGCUAGGGGCAACCUCAAUGAGAAUUCAAACGCACCACGCAUUAUCAAAGCCGCACUUUGUGCUGGUCUGUACGCAAAUGUGGUGCAAGUGGUGUACCCGGAACGAAAAUACUUUCAAGCUGCUCACGGUGUGGUCGAAGAAGACCACAAUGCAAAGCAGCUCCGAUACUUUGUACGAUCGACGAUGACGACAACUACAGGUCAGCGCGAGCGUGUUUUUCUUCAUCCCUCAUCGUGUAAUUUCACCCAGACGCAGUAUGAUUCACCCUGGUUGCUUUACACGGACCUUGUUGAAACUUCCAAACUUUUUGUUCGAGAGAGUACCAUGGUAAACCCGUACGCGCUCUUAUUAUUUGGAGGUCGUCUCGAGGUACUGCAUGAAAAGAAUUUGCUCAUGCUGGACGGCUUUAUCUGUUUUCAUGCAGUCGCCCGAAUUGGUGUGCUCAUUAAAUCUAUUCGACAACAUUUGGAUGGACUAUUGAUGGAAAAACUUGCUGACCCAAGUGUUGAUAUUGCAAAGAGUGAACUGGUGACGGCCAUUAGCCAUUUACUGAAAACUGAAGGAAUGUCGUAA